UCUUCACACGCCUCCUUUACAUAAAAACAAAUCAAAUCUGCAUACCAUGCAACUAAGCUUUUCUUCUUAGCUGCCAAGUAACCCCUCACAUGCACCCUUUGUUUUCUUACCUGCCAUACACUAUUCUGGAAAUUCACAACCCACAAACACUUCCAAACUAAUGUCACAUUCUCUACAGCUAAUUACACACUCCAAACAAUUCAUCUCUUCUAUAUAUAUACACAUCAAUUCACCAACUUCAUCAUAUCUCAUCUCAAACCAAAGCAUGGCUUCAUUUCUAUCCUUCAUUUUCUCCUCAUUUCACUCUUUUGCUUUUUUCUUUUAGUCUCAUCUAAGUCUGUCUCUCACCCCCCAAAACCAGACCUAGUAGUCCUACCAGUUUACCAACAUCCUUCCACUGGACUCCAUUGGACCAACAUCCACAAAAGAACCCCGAUAACGCAUGUCCCGGUUCUCAUUGACCUCAACGGCAAACACUUAUGGGUUAACUGUGAACAACACUACUCAUCUUCAACCUACCAAGCACCCUUUUGCCACUCCACACAAUGCUCUAGAGCCAAUGCUCAGACUUGCCUUAACAACACGUGUGUUCUUAUUUCCACAAACCCGAUCACUCAACAAACUGCCACGGGGAAACUAGCCCAAGAUGUCCUGGCCAUCUACGCCACCAGCGGGUCUAAGCCCGGCCCAAUGGUUACCGUCCCUCAGUUCCUCUUCUCUUGUGCACCAUCCUCUUUGGCCCAAAAUGGCUUACCAAACUACCUUCAAGGAGUUGCCGGGCUUGGCCAUUCACCCAUUUCACUACAAAAUCAAAUUUUUUCCAAUUUUGGUUUACAACACCAAUUCAGUGCGUGUCUCUCUCGCAACCCAAAAUCAAACGGAGGUAUACUCUUCGGGGAUGCACCGAAUAACUACAACAAGAAUCCUAAUAUCUUCAAGCAUUUGGUUUACACCCCAUUAACAGUAACCCAACAAGGAGAAUACCGUAUACAAGUUACCUCCAUAAGAAUAAACAAACACAGCGCGAUUCCAGUGAGUGCAUCCAUCUCAUCAAACAAUCCAGAAGGUGUCAUAGGAGGAACAUUGAUCAGUACCACAAUUCCUUACACAACACUCCACCACACUAUCUAUCAGGCAUUAAUUCAAACAGUUAGUGCGCAGAUUCCAAAACAAGCCCAGGUGAAUCCCGUGGCACCGUUUGGUUUGUGUUAUGACCCAAACAGGAUUUCUUUGCCUCUUCUUGUUGAGUUUGUGUUGGAUAAGCCUGAUGUUGCUUGGACAAUUGAUGUUGAAAAUCUGUGGGUUGUGCAACCAAAUGGGGUUCAUUGUUUGGGUUUUGUGAAUGGUGGGUUGAAGCCUAAAGCUGUGAUUUCUAUUGGGACUCAUCAAUUGGAAGAAAAUGUGUUGGCGUUUGAUCUUGUUAAGUCAAGGCUUGGGUUUAAUAAUUUCUUGAGGUUUUUUGAAAAGAAAGGAAUCAAUUGUUCUGAUCUCUUUGAUUUCACCAAUGCUCCAUAGAUCAUAAACAUCUACUUUGUUUUGUUUUGUUGUUGUUAUGGUUAAUAAUGUAUGUAGUCAAGAAUAAGAUCUUGAAGUUAUGAAUAAUAAAGACACUAUUUGUGUUGUUUAGACACAAAUAUGUUGUCAAGUUUUUGUAUCAUGCAUCGUUAUAAUGGAAAAUGGAAAGUGGUUCCACUAUUAACAUA